GGAUUCGUACUAAAUAUUGUCGGGGAUGUGUUGACAUUGCAAUUCAAAAUAUGGAAUCUCUAUGUUCAAGUAUAACUUGCGCACACGUUUCAAUAAAGGAAUAGUUACGAAACGUGGGAUUGGAUUUCGCACAACUACCGCAUGUAACGAUCCGUUCGGUAUAUGGGGUAUGUGAGCACGCCAUAGCUCCACGUCCGUGGGCUGAAGUCGGUGCGAGCGGCUACCGGACCGCAAGGCAGCACCUUGCAAGCAUUUCUGGCAAAAGGUAGCCCAUGAGUGGUUGUAGCAUGGCAGCUAUGCAGCCAUCAGAGCCAUUUAAGGAUUUCAAGAUUAGCUCUACAGAUGUGUUAGACAAGGUAUUAGUGAGAUCACCAUGCCCCAAGUGCAGCAAAUCAAGGAUGUACUUUUGCUAUAACUGCCUUGUACCUGUUGAGGCACUUAUGGGGCACAUCCCUCAUGUUCAGCUGCCACUGACAGUGGAGAUCAUUAAACACCCAAGCGAGACAGACGGCAAGAGCACGGCCGUCCACGCCGCUGUGCUGGCGCCAGAUGACGUCAUUCUGCGCACGUACCCGGACGUGGGCACUUACGACCCGGAGGAGACCGUGCUGGUGUUCCCGAGCGAGUCAGCUGGCAGCGUGGCUGACGCCUGCGCCGCGUUUGCCGCUGCGCGCCGCCCCAUCCGCCGCGCCCUCUUCCUUGACUGUACGUGGAACCAGUGCCGGCGUCUCACCAGCGACGAGCGGCUACGCGGCCUGCGCGCCGUCCAUCUGCGCGCGCACCACACGCGCUUCUGGCGGUACCAGCGCGGCAAGCCACGCACCCACCUGGCAACCGUGGAAGCCGUCUACUACUUCCUGCGCGAGCUGCUGGAGAGCCAGCAGGGCGCGUACGACGGCGAGGUGGAUGACCUGCUCUUCUUCUUUGACUUCUUCUACCGGACAGUGUACCGCGCGCGCGGCGCAGGCACGCUCUGGGCCUACCGGGAGGAGCAGCAGUGGACGCGACCGUCGGAUGGGCCACCGAGCGACGUCCAGUGACGCGAGGCGGGGGCGGAAGUCACAUACGUCACUGCGGCACAUGAUGGUGGUCCGUGGAGAAGUGAGUGGUGUCAGUGCCAAGAACGGGUGGCGUCAGCGGCUGGAUGAGCGGCAUUGUUAGAGCGUGCUCUUGUCUUCUGUUCUCAGUUUAGGUACAGCGAAGUGAUGUCAGUGCCAGGAUUGGGUGGCGUCGGCGGCUGGAUCAGCGACAUUGUUAUAGCGUGCUCUUGUCUUUUGUUCUCAGUUUAGGUACUUAUUAAGUAUCCCAGACGUGUCGUCUGGCGCCCUGUUUAUUUUGCACGCUCCGUCGCGUGGCAGACACCGAGAAUUUGGCGGCGAAUGGCUGAAGCCGAUCGACCAGCUAAGAUGGCCAGAGCAAGUUAUAGCGUGACAUCCUCUCUGGCAUACAAGCCACAAGGCACAAACACAAGCUCGCACGGGUGUCGGUCCUGCGUGCCUGAUGGCUUGACCACAUCUGGAGGUGGGGCCGGUCGCUGCUCGGUCAGGUGCGGCUCGUGACGCUCCGGUGACGGUGGAACGCGGCUUGGGCGGCGCACGGCACCGGCGCGUCGCCUUUCAGGCGGGCUGGAGACUAGCUCAGUCUGCGCAGGUGCCAGCGGCCUUCCAGGCAGGCUGGAGACGAGCUCAGUCUGCGCAGGUGCCAGCGGCCUUCCAGGCAGGCUGGAGACGAGCUCAGGCUGCGCAGGUGCCAGCGGCCUUCCAGGCAGGCCGGAGG